AGCGAGGAAGCGAGCGAUCCGGUUCCUCUUCCUCGGUGCUUUGCACAUCAUCACCUCCGUCAUGUCCCUUCGCAGCAGCUUCGCGCGGCUCCUCAAGCAGCAGGCGGGCUCCCCAAUACAUGUCCAGAAGAGACCGGCGCACUCGGUGGCCCUCAUCGGAGCCCCUUUCUCCAGGGGGCAGAAAAGAAGAGGAGUGGAUCACGGGCCCGCAGCCAUAAGAAAUGCAGGGCUGGUGGGGAAGCUGACUGGCAUGGGUUGCCAAGUGUAUGAUCUUGGAGAUUUAAAUUUCACCCAGGUGCCCAACGAUGGUCUCUACAACAACCUAGUCAUAAACCCACGCUCCGUGGGGUCAGCUAGCCAAAUACUGGCAGACACGGUGAAUGGAGCUGUUACCGCUGGUCAUAGCUGUGUAACCAUUGGAGGAGAUCACAGUUUAGCGCUUGGGUCAAUCAGUGGUCACUCAAGGCAGUACCCACACUUAUGUGUGAUCUGGGUUGAUGCACAUGCUGACAUUAACACUCCACUCACAACCCGAUCAGGAAAUCUCCAUGGACAGCCAGUCUCAUUCCUUUUAAGAGAACUUCGAGAUAAAGUGCCGCUGCUUCCUGGAUUUUCCUGGCUAAAGCCCUGCCUUUCACGAUCAGAUAUUGUAUAUAUUGGCCUCAGAGAUGUUGACCCUGCUGAACACUAUAUUUUGAAGAACUACGGCAUCCAGUAUUUUUCAACAAGAGAUAUUGAUCGUUUGGGAAUCCACAAAGUGAUGGAAAGAACAUUUGACCACCUUCUGGGCAGAGGACAAAGACCAAUCCACCUGAGCUUUGACAUUGAUGCCUUUGACCCAACUCUGGCUCCAGCAACAGGGACUCCUGUCUUGGGUGGAUUAACAUAUCGUGAAGGCAUGUACAUUUCAGAGGAAAUACAUAACACAGGCCUGCUUUCAGCCAUGGACCUUGUAGAAGUGAAUCCACUGCUUGGAGAUUCACAGGAGGAAGUGAAUGCAACAGUUAACCUUGCAGUAGACGUGAUUGCUACAUGCUUUGGGCAAACAAGAGAAGGAGCGCACAUCCUGUUUAAUGAUCUCCCAACACCCAGUUCACCAGAUGAAUCUGACAGUGAAGAGCAAGUACGGAUGUAGAACCCUCAAGGAUCAACAGAUGCUUCAAAUGGGCAUUAUGUACAGCUCUGCUGAUCUACUCAAAUGGACUGGCUAAAACCCAACUAUACCACACUCUGAAGUGUUCACCAGUUUUGGAGAGACUAGUUACUUUUUCCACUGCGUGACCAAACUCCGCUGUAUUACAAGCUAGACAACACAUCGGCUUAGGUGAAUGUUUAUUACUUUGCAAUUAUACAAAAACUUACCAUCC